AUGAUCGCAACCUCUACUCAAUCCGGUCCAACCAUGGCAUUCAAUCGUACCGCUCUAUCCAAUUUAUCUCUCGAAGACGAGAGAUAUCUCAACCAACAACUCAGUCCACAGUCACGCCCCAUGGAGUUGUUCCCCACGACCAAGGCAUCCGACCCGUUGCCGGGCAAUUGGUCCUACGACAGCGCUAUUGACCUGUUUUCCCUAAACCCCGCCGACAUGGACCCGGUCUCCUUCGACUUUGCCGAUAGCCUGACCAGUGCUGACUCGAGGGAUCUCUUCAUGGAUCCCUUCGGGACCCCAACUGCCAUCGGUGGAUUCAGUAUGCCCACAGCUGACGACACGAUCUCGCUCUCUUCCGAUCUCGAUAGCGACGAUCAAUCCUGGUCCAUGAGUGCCCGCCCCUCUAUCGAUAUGACCAUGACGUCCCCAACGACCACCUCCAACAAACCAAUCACCCGCGCCUCCCUCACAAAUUCAUCCUCCAACAGCAACACCAGGACAUCAACAUCAACAUCAACUCGCUGGUCCUCCAGCCCCGAAAUCAAACCACAAGAAUACAAAGCCUCCCACAUCGACAAACGCCGCAAGACUCGCUCCCUCUCCGACGAAUCCACCACCUCCUCCUCCGGCCAAGCCGCAGCUUCAGCCCCGCAAGACCCCCAAGGCCGCAACGCUGCCAAACGUGCUGCUCACAACAUCAUCGAGAAGCGCUACCGCACAAACAUGAAUGCCAAAUUCCUAGCUCUGGAGAAAGCCAUCUCCCCAGCCGGCGUGCAAAAGUCCUGCCGUGCAGGCGCGGGGUCACUUAAAAAGUCGGAGAUCCUGAGUAAUGCGUUGGCGUAUAUCGAGCGCAUUCAGCAGGAGAAUCUGUCCGUGCAGAAGGAGUUGGCUAUGUUAAAACAAGGGAUCGUCCCGGGAGGGAUGUGGAGGUCUUCCAAACACGGUCGCUCGUGA